CCCAUUCUUAUAUUUUUAUAACUUAAAAACUUACAAAAACUGAAAGAAAAAAUGUCUCGUCAAGUGGUUAGAAAAUUCUUGGCUAGACCUCAACAUGAAGGUGUUGGUGCCAUUGUUAGAAGGAGUAUUGGAAGGUUUGAAUUGAGGUAUUUUGAUCCUUUUCUUGUGUUGGAUGAGUUUUCUGUUACUGCUCCAGCUGGUUUUCCUGAUCAUCCACAUAGAGGAUUUGAGACGGUCACCUACAUGUUGCAGGGAGCUGUGACACAUGAAGACUUUGAAGGGCACAAAGGGACAAUAGGUGCGGGUGACCUACAAUGGAUGACAGCAGGAAGAGGGAUUGUUCAUUCUGAAAUGCCUGCUGCUCAAGGCACCCAAAAGGGUCUUCAAUUGUGGAUUAAUCUCUCCUCUAAUCAUAAAAUGAUUGAACCUAGAUAUCAAGAAAUAUCAAGCAAGGACAUAGCAGAAGCAUCAAAACAAGGUGUAAAGGUUAAAAUCAUAGCUGGUGAGGCAUUAGGUACCAAAUCACCAAUCUACACCAGAACACCAACAAUGUACUUGGAUUUCACCCUCAAACCCGGAGCUCGUCAUCAACAACCAAUUCCGAUAAAUUGGAACGCUUUCGUAUACGUGUUGGAAGGCGAGGGUGUAUUCGGAAACGCAAAAUCAUCGGCUGUAUCGGCCCACCACCUACUUCUUCUAGGCAAUGGAGAUGGAAUUGAGGUGUGGAAUAAAUCAUCUAAAAGUUUGAGGUUUAUUUUGGUAGGAGGUGAACCAAUAGGGGAGCCAUUGGUGCAAUUGGGGCCAUUUGUAAUGAAUAGUCAGCAAGAGAUUGAUCAAACGGUGGAGGAUUUUGAGAAUUAUGUUAAUGGGUUUGAGAAAGCUAGGCAUUGGAGAUCUCAAGCUGCUUGAUUUUUAGAUUGUGAUUUUGUUUACAAUAUUUUUUUUUAUUUUGGAAGGAAGAGAAAUAAAUUAGUUGUGUCAAUGUAUUUGUUAAAUUAUAAUUUUGUUGUAUAAUUUUUUUUUUGUCUUAUGGGAAAAUAAUAGCACAAAUUGGAAAGGUAUAGAGAAUUCUGGUA